AUGGUCAAACCAAACGAACGCCUUGCAACUGCUGAGCAUGAAUUUGAUUUACUUGAAAUGAUGCUCAUCCGAACGGCUGAUGAUGCUGUGAGAUGUCUCAAAUUACUAAAGAAAAACCUUUCGGACUAUGACAACCACCAUGGAAAUCACUUUACCAAUACGGCCAUAUCGUACAUGCGAAGCGAUAUGCGCGCAGCAAAAGACUCGGCAUCCAACUUGAAGCACUUGGCACAUCAGUACCGAGAAAACCCGCAACCAUCUGAAUUGGGCGUUAUGUCUGCACGCAGCAUGGGUGAUGUGGUUGCUAGAUCCAUGGACGCUCUCAUUACAACAGCUCGCAACUAUGACCAGAAGAAUGGACGAUCGAAAGGUGUUAAAGGCGUGAUUGACAAUGCCAGUGGCAAGAAUGAUCGGGAAAACCACGAGAAGGACGGAGGUCUGUUUGGUCAGGGCCAUAUAAACAGAAAUGAGAAACACGCUGGUCGUUUUGGCACGGGUGAUGAGCGACACAUGGAUGCUAACCACGGCAGUAGUCUGCUUGGAACACCGGACGUUGUCUACUAUCAUCAAGGUGGCAAUGACAUUCUGAGCAAUUCUGACACGGUUGAGCAGUUGGUCAAGACCACGGUGCAUGACAACUUUAGUGCCAAUGCACUGACCCAUCAAGUUGCAAAUGCUGAGAAGUCGCUGUCGCCUUCAUUCGUGGAACGCGUGAAGGAGGUGGUCCACGAGGUGAAAGAUAAGCUGAAAGGCGACAAGGCGAGUCCGACGCACAACGUUCACUACGCUCACCAGGGUAAUGAGCAUGUUGUGAUUCCAUAA